AACUUGGGGUACGUGGAACAUCGUCAAAUCACCGUACAGUGAUCCAACAUGAAUGGAGAAAGUCUCCAACGUGGUGAGGUCAUGUUUCAACCACCUUGCCGACGACAAUCCGGCCCUCCUCACGGAGUUGCGGGCUCAGUUCCAGUAUAUAGUCAUCACUCCUUGGCUGUAUGAAUUGAUUUCUGGCUCUCCAUUGCCUCUCUCAAACUCCUACCUGCAAGUUCUGGUCUAGUCGCAUCGUGAACCACCACUUGCCCAGCAUGCAGCCCCUCGUCCUCCACGCCCACUCCUCGGGCCCCAACCCCAUCAAGAUCGCCAUCGCCCUCGAGGCCCUCCAGGUGCCCUACACGGUCCAGCAGUGGCAGUUUGGCGACGACCCCACCAACGGCGUCAAGGGCGAGGCCUUUCUCAAGAUCAACGAGAAUGGACGCGUGCCCGCCAUGGAGGACCCCAACACGGGCGUCGUGUCCUGGGAGUCGGGCGCCAUCAUGAACUACGUCCGCCGCGUCUACGACAAGGCUAACAAGCUUGGUCCCGUCGGCGAGUCGGAGCAGGACAAGGUCGACUUUGACAAGUGGGAGUACUUUCUGCUCACGACCCUGGGGCCCAUGUCGGGGCAGACCAACUGGUUCCGCCACUACAACGCCACCAAGAACGAGGACGCGCUCAAGAGAUACUCGGAGCAGACCGAUCGUUGCUACGGCGUGCUCGAGGGCCAGCUGAAAAAGUCGGGCGGCCGCAGCGUGCUGCCUGGUCGCGUCACGGCGGUCGACUACCACUUUGAGCCGUGGGUGCGCCAGUUUGCGUUUGCGGGCUUGUCGCUCGACAAGUAUCCGCUCAUCAAGGCGUGGCUGAACGAGAUGGCCGCGCGGGACGAGGUCAAGCAGGCCUACAACAAGGUCAAGGGCGAAGCGCCGUCCGCUAUUGAGUGAUGGCCCUCAUGAGCGGCACGGGGAUGAGACAUGAUCAUUUAAAUGGCUGCGAGACACUGUCGAUGCCUGACUCGGAC